UUAAUAAAUCGGAAUAAAACUUUACAAUAUGCGCGCUGUGAUUUUCCUGGGUUUCGUGGCCUUGGUAGUUGGUAACCCUUUAGUGGAACCUGAAGGUCUACUUGGCUACCAUGAGAAGAUUGGAAUUCCUCUGGCGUCGAGCAUCAAGGCGACAGAAGACAAGAUCUUUGCUGGGAAAACCGAGGAAGAAAUCCAAUCUGGGAGGAUUGUUGGAGGCGGUAUAGCGCCGACCAAUGCUUACCCGUAUUUGGCUGGUCUGUUAAUCAGCUUCGUCAACAUUGCUGGCCAGUCGGCCUGUGGCUCCUCCCUACUCUCUGCGACUCGGCUGGUCACGGCUGCGCAUUGUUGGUUCGACGGCGUCAACCAGGCCAGCUCCUACACCGUGGUGCUCGGCUCCCAGUUCCUGUUCUAUGGCGGCACUCGUAUCAUUACUUCCACCGUUAUCACGCACCCUCAAUGGACGCCGUCAACUCUUCAUAACGAUGUCGCUGUUAUCUACCUGCCUACUAGUGUUCCCUUCUCAGCAAGCAUACUGCCCGUGUCCCUGCCUCCUGCUAACUUGAUCAACGAGCAGUUCGCUGGAGAGUGGGCGAUCGCAGCCGGCUACGGCUUGACCAGCGACCAGGAAAGUGGCAUAUCCCUGAACGCAGUAGUGAGCCACGUGAACCUGCAAGUGAUCACCGUGGCGCAGUGCCAGGCCAUCUUCGGUUUCUACGCGCAGGCCAGCACGAUCUGCACCAACGGCGCCGGCGGCGUCGGCAUCUGUCGAGGGGACUCGGGUGGGCCUCUCGUCGUCAACAGGAGUGGACAGACUUACCUGGUCGGCGUGAGCUCGUUCGUGGCGGCGGCCGGCUGCCAACUAGGCUUCCCCUCAGCCUUCGCCAGGAUCACCAGUUUCCAGAGCUUCAUUCAACAGCAUAUGUAACGUAACUAUUUUUAAUAAACCUGUACAUAUAGUUAAUAAAUUAUUUACUAUA